CGAUUUCAAGGUGUCUGCGCAAGAGUUGGCCUCCUUCACAGGUCAAAUUAUUUCUACCGGGCUGUAGUUGGUAACAUUGGCAGGAUAAUGACCAGACAUUGUGUCUUGUCCACCUUGUGCAAAGAUAACUGGGAUUCUAUAUUCCGUCUCGACGAUUACUGUAAGGAAGAACUGUAUUUUUGGAAGGAAAAUAUGGUUAAUAUCAACUCUAGGUAUUGCUUUGUAAGUAAAGAUCCUAGUUAUUUUGUAUAUUCGGAUGCCAGUGCUACCGGAGGUGGAGCAAUUAUUGACUUUAACAAUGAUUUUGUGUGCCACAAAAUGUGGUCGGAGAACGAGAGAGUUCAAAGUUCAUCGUGGAGGGAGUUGUCUGUUGGUGAGUUUUCAUUGCAAUCAUUUGCCUCAGUGUUGAAAGGAUCACACGUUAAGUGGUUUACUGAUAGCCAAGCAGCUGCUAAGAUUGUUGAAGUGGGCAGCAUGAAAUUAGGUUUGCAUAAGAUGGCCCGAAGGAUUUUUGAUAUUUGUAUUCGAUCGGGGAUUCAUUUAGAAGUGCAAUGGAUCCCUCGCACUUCGAAUCAGCAAGCUGAUUAUAUAAGUCGUUUAAUUGAUACUGAUGAUUGGCAAAUUACUGAAGAAUUUUUUCUUUUUCUUGAUGGUCGGUGGGGUCCGCAUAGUGUUGAUUGUUUUGCUAAUUAUUAUAAUCACAAGCUCCCCAAAUAUUUUUCGAGGUUUUGGAACCCCAAUACUUCGGGUGUUGAUUUUUUCUUUCAGUCUCUUCGAGGAGAAAAUUGCCUAGUAGUCCCUCCAGUUGGUAUCGUCCCUCGUGUAUUGCAUUAUUUGAAAUCUCAGCGGGCCGUUGGUACGCUCGUUGUACCUCUUUGGCCUUCGGCUCACUUUUGGCCUUUAAUUACACACAAGUAUAGUAGUUAUCUUGUGGCUCACAGUAUUCAUAUCGGGAAUGAGGUUCUAACCCACGGAAGAAACCUUAAUUCGCUCUUAGGGUCUGAUCUUUUCACAGGAAAUAUUAUUGCCUUUAGAUUAAAAUUUACUGAGUAAUUUAUUGGAUGGUGUAGCCUAAUGAUUAUUCACAUUUGGUGGCGCUGGCCAAAGCAAUAUGUUGUUUAUCUAUGUGGCACUGGCCUAAUUUAUAGUUUGUCAUUUCAUGUGGCGCUGUCUUUAACAGCGUAUAGUUGAUUUAUGUGGCGCUGGCCCAAUCAAUGGUUUUUGAUUUACGGGACACUGGUCCAUUCAAUAGUCUAUCGUCUUAUGUGGCACUGGCCCCAACAUUGAUCGAUUUUUAUACGGCUCUUUUUUGUUCUUUUAUUAUAUAUGUUUGUUCUUGUCUUUCCAGGUAAUCUUAUCAAGUAAUUCCUGGAAAGGCUUUCAACAAUUUUCUUCAAUCAACGUUUAUGACGUUUUAGAAGUUAUGUUGAAGUCCAGGGCGGAUACAACUACUAAAGCCUACGUUCGCGUUAUUAGAAAGUUCUUGGAGUGGUCUAAAGGUAGACAUUUCAACAUGCAGUUACCUUUUCCCCGUAGUGUCGUUUCCCUAUAUUUAUUUGAAGUUCAGCAGUCUUGCACCUCUAGUUCCUCAGUAAUUUUAGCCCAUGCUGCCCUUAAAUGGUUACAUUCUUUUGUCCCUAGUUUGGAUCGUAAUCCUUUGGAUAGUGAAUUUUGCAGGAAUAUUAUCGAAUCUGCUAAACGCCAGAAAUCACAGCCAGUAAUGAAAAAGAAGCCUAUUACCACAGAAAUCAUAAGGAGUAUUUUAGAUAUUCAUAACAAGAAAGAUGCUAAUUUGAAGAAUCUUCGUAUCGCUGCGUUAUGCUCUUUAGCUUUUGCAGGAUUUUUUCGUUACGACGAAUUAUGCAAUAUUGUUCCUAAGCAUAUCGAAUUUCACAGCGAUUAUAUAAGAAUCUUUGUACCUCGUAGUAAGACAGAUGUUUAUAGGGAAGGGAAUUUCGUCUUUAUUAGUGCAUCCAGGUCUAAGUACUGUCCUGUUGGUGUUUUACAACGGUAUUUAGAUUUAUCUGGUAUUGACUUAUGUAGUUCUCUCCCUUUAUUUAGACCGCUUGUUUUUCACCGUAGUAGUUCUAGCUAUACUCUGAGCAGUGGAAAGAUUUCUUAUACUACUUGUAGAGAUAUCUUAAGGGAUACCUUAAGU